AUGGAAUACCUUGAAGAUCUUGUUUUACAAAGUAUUGGACAGCUUACUGAUAUUAAUAUUAAUCCUUGGUUACAUAAUAUCUCAAGAAAUAAUGAAAUUAUUAGUAAUAAGAAUUCAAUAACCCUACGUUAUAUAGCAAAAGUGAUUUGUGUUGCGAAUACACUACAUAAUGUAAUCCAACAAGGAAGAAGGAUGUCGUUACGAGAGCUGUACUAUCAUAAUACUUGGCUAUUUGAUAAUCAAAAUCAGGCUACAGUUAUAGUUAGAAAAAUUUCAAUAAUGCUUAGAAUUCCUCGGAGGACCUUGGGAUUAUUUCCUUCUCCCAAAGGGAUGAUUGGAGGACGAAUAACAUUUAGAUACAAGGAUAUAGAAGUUUUAAAUAUAUAUAAUAUGGGUAUUACAGGAGCUAUAAUAGGAGAUAACUUUGAAGAUAUUGGAGAGCAAAGUAAUAUUGAGGUAGAAUCAGAUGCACAAUAUAUAAUAAUUAUUGAGAAGGCAUCAAUCUUUCAAUAUUUAAUGGAACGUAAGAUUUCUGAUCGUUUUUCAUGCAUACUUAUAACAGGUAAAGGAUUUCCAGAUAUAGCUACAAGGAAACUAAUUUCAUAUCUUGUAUAUAAACUAAAAAUUACAACUUUGUACCUUGGUGACUAUGAUCCACCUGGAAUAAAUAUAUACUUAACAUAUGUUCGUGGAUCAGAUAACUAUGAAUCAUUAAUAGUUGCUUGUCCUCAUAUAUAUUUUAUGGGAAUUCAUUAUGAAGAUACGUUUGAUUUGCCUUGUACGACUCAAAUACCAUUAACAAAAAAUGAUAAGACAGUAUUAAGUAAUUUGCUAAGUGAUCCAAUUGUAAAGGCUUGUAACAAACUCCAUGGUCAAUGCAAGAUGAUGUUUAAAAGUGGUUAUAAAUGUGAAUUAGAAGCAUUUCAAGCUAUAUCAAGUGACUUUUUAGUAAAUUCAUAUUUACCGAAUAAGCUACUUAAAAGAUCAUGGAUAUGA